UUCAGGUGGAGCCACCAGCACAGACCUGAUGUUGCAGCGGGUGGCGGUGGUCGGUGCCGGAGCAGCCGGACUCUGCGCGGCCAGGCACAUCCUGUCCCGUUCAGGCCGCUUCGCUCCUCCGGUGGUGUUCGAGCUCUCUGAAAACGUAGGCGGCACCUGGUGUUACGACGAACGUGUUGGAAAGCUUGAUAACGGGCUGCCGGUGCACAGCAGCAUGUACAGAGACCUCAGGACCAACCUGCCCAAGGAGGUGAUGAUGUUCCCGGACUUCCCCUUUGAACCCCAGCUUAGCAGCUUCCUGCCCCAUCAGGAGGUCCAGAGGUACCUGGAGAGGUACUGCCAGAGCCACGGCAUCCGGCCUCACAUCCGGUUCAACACUGUCGUGGAAAGCGUGAAGCCCGUCAAUGUAACGACAGAGGGCGAGGUGGAGGAGAGGACGGCGUGGGAAGUGACAUCAUCUGAUUCUUCAGGUCAUCAGAAAACUGAGACGUUUGACUCUGUCUUCGUCUGCUCGGGGCACUACUCAGACCCUCACAUCCCACUCAUACCAGGCAUCGAGAACUUUAAAGGGAAAGUGCUCCACAGUCACUCGUAUCGAUUCGCGGAGCCGUUUGCGGGUCAGUCGGUGGUCGUUCUGGGAGCCAAAGCAUCAGGUCUGGAUAUUUCCCUCGAGUUGGCCAAUGUGGGUGCCCAGGUGACUCUGAGUCACCGCCGCCCUCGGAUCACCUUCCCUCUGCCUGAUGGGAUUCAACAGUCCAGCUCAGUAGAGGCCGUCGAGGACGACGGCAGAAUUCGCUUCCAGGUGACUGACCUCAACUGUAUUAAUCCUCCACUGCAGGAAAAUCUGCUCCGUCUGGACAUCCAGGACCAGAUGAUGUCACCUCUGUACCGCUUUCUGGUGCCACCCGCUUUCCCCUCGCUCUUUUUCAUCGGCAUCUGCAAGAUCAUCUGCCCCUUCCCCAACUUCAACUGCCAGGUCCAGUUCGCCCUGGCCGUGUUGGAGGGCUCGGUCACGUUACCCUCUCGAGUUCAGAUGGAGGAGGAGGUCCAGCGGGAGCUGCAGGAGAAGCUGGAGCGGGGAGUCCAGCAUCGCCACCUGCUGAUCUUGGACCAGGAUCAGUGGGAGUACUGCAACACACUGGCUCGCACCGCUGGCUUCCCACUGCUGCCUACGGUCAUACGCAGCCUGUAUGAGGAGGUGUGGCGGCAGCGACAGAUUCACCCCAAAAACUACCGGAAGCUCAAUUACAGGCUGAUCAGCGACUUGGAGUGGGAGCUGAUCAAUUAAUCGGUGAAGGGCAGGUGUGCAAAGGUUACUACACUUGCUUAGAUUGAGGACUUCCACCCUCAUCCGUAAUUAUACUUUAAUAAACUGAUUAGCCAAUGAAAACCUUUUAUAUUUAAACUCCCGCUGCAGCUAAUAAGUCAUCAAACCAAAAUACAUCGACACUUCACCUAAAAGCAGCAGCAUUGAACAAGCAAAGGUUAUAGGAUGCACAAAUCUCGGAUGAGCCCCCAAUUUAGCUCAGAACACAAAGAGUGGUCUCAAGAACCACCUUACAAAUAUUCCAAUGCUUCAACUUUUGUGCUUACUGUGUGAUAAAUGUUCUCGCCUGCUAAAGCCGCUGUUGAAAACACACCUCAGAAUUUUAUUGAUCUAAAAGUCCAAAGUAUUUAAUACAUAUUGAUUUGUGAAGGCUGCUUUUACUCCCUGUGAGUCCGUGAAUUAAACUGGUGUGACUCCAGAGCUGUCACUAAUAUUUCUGACUGGAGUUUAUAACAAUGGCACUUUGCUUUUAGUUUGAAUUACUAUUAUAAAGGACAGUUAGUGCUCACAGUUGUCCUGUGAAGAAACAGACACAGGAAGGGCGGUGCUGAUUAUUUGCAGGUUAUAGAGACCUCCAGCACUGAUGCUGGUACAGAGAUGAGACUGAGUCUGUGCAACGAGGUGUUGGCAGGUUUUAGAUGACACAAAUAGAAGCAAAUCUGUGACACCGACAGGCAGAAAGUGAAGCACUGCAGUAGGUUUUACCUCACAGUCUGAAGGUGUGAUUAAAGCGCAGAGCGCGGCAGGAUCGCGCGGCAGGAUCGCAGGCCCCGUUUCCUCUCAGGAGUCGAUUCGGCUCAUUUUAAAUGAGCUAAUCAAUCUGAUUCUCAGGCCUUCAGAACUCAUCUCACAGCAUGAAUCUAAAUGUGUUUGCCCACAGCUGGCAGCAGGCAGAGUGAGCGUGACAUUAUCACUAACUGCACUUUAUAUGCUGAGAUUUGGACGGUCACUGUGUUUUUAAUGGGCUGAUCC